UUUUAAAAAGAGCAGCUCCAAGGCAUCUCCUUCCUUCGUACAAUUGGUGCUUUUCCAGAUCAGAAUCUCUUCAUACCAGAUAUUUUUCACAAGAGUUCCUUGAUUCUGCUUCUUUGAAAUGGAGAGAUCAGCAGCAACAGUUCAGAUUUUCUCGUCCAUUGAAACUUCAUCUCCAGCCAACAGUCAAUCACUGCGAAUGGAGAGCUCAGGCCUUGGAAUGAUUCGGGCUGUAGCAACCUCCCAAAUUCUCUUCGUGUCCGCCAAUCCCGACAAAGAUCUUCCACCCCUGUCAUCUCCUCAAGAGCGAACGCUAUUUGACACCCAAGAGGUCAACGUUCAACCACGACGACCUACGGGGGGGUCCAUCAGAGCUUUACCCUUACACGUGGUCGCAAGCAAUGUCUCUAUCGACUCUCAGUUCUUCACUGCAGCAUCUCGAUGCCCGAGCAGUCCGAUCGAAUUCGUCAUUUCACCAAUGAUCGACCCCAAAUCCGAAAAUGAAUUUGCUCAGAAUAUAUACUUUGCCCUGAUGAAAAAUGCGUCUGGCCAGCCACGGUCGUCAACAUCCACGUCUGGAAGCGUAAAGGUUGAAAAGGGAUCUGGGGGCUUCCUACAGAAAAUUAAGAAAAUAUUUGAUCGUAAAGGCAAGAAACAGGCAAUUGCGUAG